GAAACCAACAGUCUUAGUUAACGGUACGUUUGUAAAAAGAAAGUUUACAUCAAAAGAAUGCAAAAUCUUAUCUUUAGUAUUAUAAUAUUAAUUAAUGUCCUCAAGAAGAUCAAUUAGUUCAAUUGUAUCUUUUAAAAAAGACUUGCAUAGUUUAUUGCGAAUUAGGUCUAGCAGUCUCACUAGCCAAUCUGCUAGUUCAUGUUUAGGUGAACCACACAUAUAUAGUAUUGGUCGUAAUGGAUUAUUAGGUUUAUGAAUUUUAGACAAUCCAUAUAAACUCGAGAGAACAGUGCCGGAAGGUUUCAGCAUAUUAAGUUCUUUUUUGUUUAUGGCUCAUUCUAAGGAGCUUCAGUAAAUUGACCUGUACUCUGGAUUCCAGUUUUCUAACAUUAAUAUUUGAUGGAACGUCUUCUAAGAACUUACUCUGCUCACCAAGUAUAGAUAAAAGUUUUACCUUAUAGUCAUAUGUAUUAAUAACAACAACCCGAGAACCUUUGUCAGGUUUGAGGAUCACGAUAUUUGAUUUACUUUGGAGGUUUUUUAAAGCAGCGAAAUGUUUAGAAGUAAAAAUACUCUUGUAUCUGAUUUGAGAACCGUGAAAUUGGUGGACAAUAUCAACCAAUUUCACCUACCUAGUGCUAUUGGGACCAGGGGGUUCAGUGGAUCAUAGGGAUUUUCGAAUUGAGCAUCUGUCAAUAAAUCAGAAACUUUGGCAUGCACAAUGAAGAAAUUUUUAAGGACGAAUUCUCAGGUUUAUAGAGGCCUCAUGUAUUCGUAAAUUAAAACUUCCUUGUGUGUACAAAAACAAGUUGUCGCAACCUUAAAUUUACUCUGGUAAUCCCUAAGCCAUUUUAUAACUUAUGGUAUUGUGACAAUUUCUCAUUCUUUCUAUACGAUGCUAAUUUUCUCUUUUGUUACUUUGUUUACUUGGACCUUCAUUUAAUUGACUUUUAUUAAUUUUCAUAUAAAAUUCCUUGGUAAGUAUAUCUGUGACCAGAUUAUUCGGAAUGUAUGGCGCAAAUACAUCACAUUUUCCAGAUUAACUCUGUCUUCUCAUUGAGUUAUCGAAAUUUUUGUUUUUUUAUGUUUAUUGAGUAUUUUAUGUUGGUUUUACUGUGAUAUAUAACGUCGGCUAUAGUGAUCCAAAUAGCAUUUACUGUUCUGUUUUUUGGAUAUUACACGCAUAACUCAAUGUUCUUUUUACCUAAGUCAUGCUUGAAUUUUUUCCCAGUUUGGAUAACCAUGUUCCACAGCUAUUUCUCACAUAAUAACGCUUUCCUUUAACACUGUUUUUGGUAAUUUACUCUGGUACGGGGACCUAGUCGUUAGUGGAUACAGCUCCCAACCGCUAAGCCUUGGUUCAAAUCCCGAUCGGCCCACUUGGACUUCAGCCACCGGAUAGUAUCAUUAGCCUUCACACUUCGAGCUUGAAUCAUACUCAAGUAUCUAGUGAACAAACUAAAAAUGAAAAUCGUCAUAAUAAUUUAUUUAACAUUUAUUUGUUAUUAAAGAAUGAUAUAUAUGAUUAGUGAGAUUCUCCAUUAACGAAUUACACCCGUGACUGUUACAAAUAACUUUAUACUGGCGAAUUAAUUGCGUUUGCGUGUGUGCAUUCGAUUCCAGUUCUAACAAAUCUUUGCAAGGUGGUUGCCACGGUAACAAGUUUUGAUUUAAAUUCUUUUAGAUGUCACGUCUGUCAGUUAACCACAAGUUAGAGACCAUUGUAUCAUUGGAUACGAAAACAAAAGAACUGAUUGUUGAAAUUGAAAACAUUAGUAAAGGAAUCAAUAAUACGAAAUCUUGUCGAGAAAAACUAGAUUGUUACCAAACUAAAAUUAGAGAGAAUCUCUUAACUAUUAAUUCGAUUUUGGAUGAAUUGCAAACGUUCGGACGUGAAACAAACAUUUCAUCUACAAACAGGACACUGUAUGAAGCAAUUGUUCAGAAUAAAAAACAACUAUUUACACUGCAGGAUCGAUAUCGUAAAGCUAUCUUUGCAGCCAAUUCAACUUUAGAAACUGUUGAAAAGGCUGAACUUACUAAUCGUUCAUCAAUAACUGAAAUCGGUAACAAGAUUUCCAAUUUAGAAGAACAAUAUCAAAACUCAUUGGAACUUACUCAAGAUAUGACGAGGUAUGCUAGACUUCUAGCGGAAGAAGUUCAACGUGGAGCUGUUAAUGCUGAAUUACUUGAAAAUUCAUCAAAUAAAUUAAUCUCGAAUUAUUCUGAACUGAAAGAAAUGGCUGGACAUAUGAAUCAGUCGAAACAUUUAACAUCUUUAGCUCGUCGGCGUCGUUUUACAGAAAGAGUGCUUUUCUUUCUAGCAUUUUCAUUUUUCUUUUUAAGUUGUGGAACUAUAUUUUUACAUAGGAUACCUAUGGGACAUUGGUUUUUGCCAUCUAGUUAUUAG